AUGAAGCAGCAAGAAGCCUAUGCGAAACGCAUGCAGAAGAAAUACAAGAAUCUGACAUUCCAAACUGGAGACAAAGUCCUGCUCUAUAAUGCAAGGAAAGGUGGGAGAAAGGGUGGUAGGCUGCAGGCAGACUUUUCUGGGCCAUACACUAUAAGACAGAUAUCAGGAAAGUCAGUGUCUCUCAUGAAUCUGGAUGGACAUCUUUUAAAAACAAACUACAAUAUAAAUCAUAUCAAACCAUAUAAAGAAAGCAGUAAAAGUGAAGAAAAAGAAAGAGCUACACAUCUGGAAGACCCUGAAGAUUUGAAAAAAGGCGAGUCAGUUGAGACAGAUGAACACAAAGUGGGAUGUUCACUUAAAAGCAAAAGAGAUCAGAUUUUUAGGAAUGAUCACAAAGAGGUGAAGAGAAGAAAGAAAGAACAGGAAUGUGUUCAGGAAAACACAGCAGAAACUCUACUGUCAAGAAAAGAGUAUAUGGAAGAUAAGCCAAGUGAAUAUAGAGUUGCUUUGACUGACGUAGGAGAGAGAGAAGAGAAAGAGAGCAGCAGAAAGAAAAGUGGCAGUCCAACAGCAGAUAGGACAUCAGAGGAGAGAGUUUUAGAGAUCUGGAGGAAGAAGGCUGACAAGCAGGUUGAAGCAGUGGUUGGUCCAUUCAAGCUCUUCGGUUCUUCCUUUAAAUCACUCCAGGGAAAUAACUGGUUAUCAGAUGAGGUAAUCGAUAGUUACCUACACAUUUCAAAGGACAAGAGCGAUGUACAUCUUUUAUCUGCAGUAGUGUCGUGGGCACUAUUUAGUGGGAGAUUCAGAUGUGUGAGAAAGAUGACCAUCCCAGACGCUGAUGUGUGGCUAUGUCCAUACAACCCUGGAAAUCAUUGGAUUCUUGUGAUUGUCACAAUGUCAGAGAACUCUUUAACUGUCAUAGAUCCAAUGGGAAAUGAACAUCUGUAUGAAAGGAAAUUGCUGAGGAAUUGGAGGAAUUUCUUAAAAACAUUGGACCACUGCUUGCGGAAUGCAGUUUGGACUACAAAGACAUUACCUCAUCAGACACAAGAGGAUGGGACUAGUUGUGGAGUCCUCAUCUUAAAAUUUGCUGAAGAGUUCCUUAAAACAGGAGUGGUCCUUGAUGUGCAGACCGAUGUAAGAUCUGUUAGGAGUGCCAGAACUCAAAUUGCCUGCACACUAAUAGAACAUGGUGGUGAUGUGGAUGUCUAUUGCACAGCCUGCAACAUGGAAAAUGACAUCAUUAUGGUGCAGUGCAAUUCCUGCUCUAGAUGGGAGCAUUUAGCUUGUAUAGAAGGUGUGGAAGAAACAACAGAUCUCCCAGAAGAAUAUAUAUGUCCAAACUGCACUUAAAGGAAUGAAUGUAAAGCAUGAGUGUCUUUUUUUAUCUGAUUUUUUAUAACCAGGUGAAAAAGUAGUACAC